CACCAGCCGACAGACUUGAAAACAACACUGUUCUACAGAUACAACAUCCCUUCUCACUACCUUCCGACCUUCAAUCUCGAACCGUUCAUACAAUGGCACACACCUUUACGGUUCCCGACAAUUAUGGCUACGUUGUCCUCGUGGCCCUAGGCCUGGCGCCGGUAUUGGCAUUUGCCCAAGGCAUCGUCGUAGGGAUCUGUCGAAAGCCAGCUCGAGUUACAUAUCCCAACCCAUAUGCCACGCCACAGGAAGCGAAAGAGAAUCAAGCAUCAUACAAGUUCAACUGCGCGCAGCGAGCUCACGGAAACUAUAUGGAGAAUAUGCCUCAGACUAUUGCAUCUAUGCUUUUUGCAGGCCUCGAAUACCCUGUAGCAACAGCAGCACUCGGAGCAGGUUGGAUAUUCUUCAGAAUCGUCUAUGCGUAUGGAUACAUCGCAGGGCAACAGGCACAAGGCAAGGGCAGGCUGUAUGGAUCGGGUUUCUGGUUGAUGCAGGCUGGAAUAUGGGGACUGUGCGUGAACAUGGGCUUGAAGAUGCUGUAGACCAGAGUUUCACACGACUAGGUACCAGUAUUGUAGACACCGACCAUUAAAACACAUUGGUUGGUCCGGGUGCGCAGAGUAAAUAGCAAUUGCGAGCCUGCGUUCCGAUUUCUUGUC